AUGAUAAAUGAUGGGCGCCACCUGGAGUCACCGCGGCCUUCAAGUGAGGGCAGGGAGGUGGUGCCAGGGGGAGUUGUGGAUGAUCGCUCAAAGAUUCUGACAACCAGCGGGGAGAACGGAGACUCCCAGCCGGGGAGGGAGCGCAGGAGGCCGGACAGAUCUGCUGGGCUGCGUCGGGGAGACGCACCAUUAGACAAGGGAGAGCCGUGCGUCAUGGCGCGGCACGAUCCAGUGGAGACUCACGCUGAUGUAUCCCACGCAGGGCACGGCGGUGUGAACCAGCUCGGUGGGGUGUUUGUGAACGGCAGACCCCUCCCGGACGUGGUGAGGCAGCGGAUCGUGGAGCUGGCCCACCAGGGCGUCCGGCCCUGCGACAUCUCCAGGCAGCUGCGGGUCAGUCACGGCUGUGUCAGCAAAAUCCUCGGCAGCCAUCAGAAGGCAUUUCAGAGGUACUAUGAAACCGGCAGUAUUAAGCCUGGAGUUAUCGGGGGCUCCAAACCAAAGGUGGCAACGCCGAAAGUGGUGGAUAAAAUUGCAGAGUACAAGCGCCAGAAUCCCACCAUGUUUGCCUGGGAGAUAAGAGACCGACUACUGGCGGAGGGCGUCUGCGACAACGACACGGUCCCCAGCGUUUCAUCCAUCAACAGGAUUAUCCGCACCAAAGUCCAGCAGCAGUUUCACCCGUCCCCCGACGGAUCUGUCACACCGCUCUCCACGCCUGGCCAUACCAUAGUGCCCAGCACAGCCUCCCCUCCUGUGACCAGUGCCUCAAACAAUCCCGUUGGAUCCUACUCCAUAAACGGCAUCCUGGGUAUCCCCCGCUCCAACGGCGAAAAGAGGAAACGGGAUGAUGUUCUCUGGAGUGGCAACCACUUGGAUGGAAGGAAAAUAGGACAUUAUGGUUCUGAUGGUUCAGGCCCGGGCAGUGACUCUCAGGGCAGCGUGGAAAGUUUAAGGAAGCACCUUCGGGCAGAUGCCUUUACUCAGCAACAGUUGGAGGCCCUGGACCGAGUGUUUGAAAGGCCUUCUUACCCUGAUGUUUUCCCCUCAUCAGAACACAUUAAGCCCGAACAGGCAAACGAGUACUCUCUCCCGUCGCUGAAUGCCGGCCUGGAAGACGUGAAGCCGAGCCUCUCCACCAGUGCCAGCUCCGACCUCGCUUCCAGUGUCUCACAGAGCUACUCUGUUGUGACAGACUCUCAUCCGUCAUAUCAGCCUUCCAUGUGUGUAAAGCGGGAGCCCCAUGAGGCAUCCUUUGCCCCCUUCACCCCCUCCUCUGUUGGGGAUUCUGCUCUAGCUGACAUCUUGCCCCACCAAUCCAGCCUCUCUGUAGAUGCCUCUACUCCCAGCUACCUUCCCCAUGCCCAUGGCCCCUGCUACAGCCAGUAUACCAGCCAGCCUUUCAUAGCAGGUCGAGACAUGGCCAGCACCACCUUACCUGGUUACCCACCUCACGUCCCCCCCACAGGACAAGGCAGCUACCCCACAUCCACACUUGCUGGAAUGGUUCCUGGUGGGGACUUUUCUGGAAAUCCUUACUCUCAUCCACAGUACACAACUUACAACGAAGCUUGGCGGUUCAGUAAUCCAGCAUUACUAAUGCCGCAUCCCGUGGCUCCGCACCUCCCACUGCUGCCACUGCCUACGACCGCCACUAGUUACCCCGGAGACCAGCUCAAAAUGCAGAACCAGAGCUUCGGCCUCCAUAUUGUCCAUGUCUGA